UGUGAGAACAAAGAGUCUGACAAGCUGAUAAACGACCAUGAUACACAAUAGUCUCUGCUGAAAAUCAUGGGCUCACACUGGUUAUCUCUGUUGUCUGUCUUUGCAUUUAUCAGUGCUGCUGAUUUUCAUCCAAUACCUCGUUCAAGCAAUGGGCUUCGUGAGUGCCGAAAAAACCUUAGCGCACUAGCACUCGAGGUUCUCCCUGGUGGAGGCUGGGACAACUUGCGCAACUUGGAUAUGGGUCGAGUGAUGAACCUGAGCUAUUCACAAUGCCAGUCUACAGAGGAUGGCAUUUACAUCAUUCCAGAUGAGAUAUUUGUCAUUCCACAGAAGGUGAGCUCAGUAGAGAUGAACUCAGAGAUCAUCGGUUCAUGGCUUGAGCAGAAAAGCUCCACUUCAGGGUCAAUCAACAUGGAGGCUUCCUUUGAAAAAAUGGUGAACGGCAAGUUCUCUGCUGAGAGCAAACGCAUGAAAAACCAUCAAGUGAAGGAUAAUUCAGUCACAGCUAAGACACAGGUGCGUAACCAUGUGUACACAGUAAAGGCAAAUCCAGAUUUCAUCCUGGAUGCACGUUUUGCCAGACAGGCAGAGGAAAUUGCAGAUGCCAUUGAGAACAACCAAACACGUCUGGCUGACUAUCUGUCUGAAAAGAUGGUGCUUGAUUAUGGUACACAUGUCAUCACAAGUGUGGAUGCUGGUGCUACUUUAGUGCAGGAAGACUAUUUAAAAUCAUCUUAUGUUUCUGAUAUGCAGUCCUCUCAGUCCUCAGUCACAGCAACAGCUGGUGCCAGUUUUUUUGGUACAAUUAAUUUUAAUAUUGGCAGUAAUGUAUCUCAAGAAACGUCUGAAACCAGGGAAUUUAAGGGUAACAUUACAUAUUCCAUAACACUGAGUCAUGGUGGGGCUUCGUUUUAUCCUGGAAUCACUCUACAGAAAUGGCAGGAAAGCACUCUAAACAAUUUAAUUGCUAUUGACCGUAGUGGAUUACCACUACAUUAUUUUCUCAACCCAUCAACAUUUCCAGACCUCCCGCGUCCAACUCUAAAUAAACUUGCUCACUCUGUGCUUAUGGCUAUAGAUCGUUACUACAAAAUUAACACCCAUCCUGGGUGUGUUAAUCCAGACUCCAAAAAUUUCAAUUUCCAAGCAAAUAUGGAUGAUGCAUCCUGUAAAGGUCCAAGCACCAAUCUUAGCUUUGGUGGUGUUUACCAACAGUGUACUCCACUGCAGAAUGCUUUUUUCACGUCAGAUGUAAAUGAAAUCUGCCAGGAUCUGGCUGUGAAAAACCCAGCCACUGAUGCAUAUUCUUGCCAACAGCCAUACACUACUACACUAUUGCGCUCAGAAGUGCAGGAAAGACAAUACAGUAAGUAUGAGUGCCAAAAGCAUUGUCAUUCAUGCUGGCUGCUUUUUAGCUGUUGUAAAGAUGUAUGUGGAAAUGUGUAUUAUGUUCAACGUGCACAAGUCGACACUUAUUGGUGUUCCACUACUGAAAAAGCCCCAGACUUUUCUGGAUAUCUCUUUGGUGGUUUAUAUGGCCCUUCUUUACAAAACCCAUUAACCAAAUCUAGAUCCUGUCCUCCUAAUUUCUUUGACCUAAAUUUUUUAUCCAAUGGCAUUAUGAUCUGUCUGAGCAAUGAUUAUGAGCAAGCAACAAGAUUCUCUGUGCCCUUUGGAGGUUUCUUUAGCUGCCAGUCUACCAAUUUGCUUUCAGGCGGACAAUCACGCUGCCCACCACAGUUCAGCCAACAUCUUGUUGGCAUAAGUGAUGGCUGUCAGGUAAUGUACUGUGUACAGUCGAACAUUUUCACUGGGGGUGAGUUACUUCCCAUUCACCUCCCACCCUUUACAAGACCUCCAGUGAUCAGUAUGAUAGCUACAAACACUGUAGCUGUUAUGACUCAGGGAGAUCAGGCUUGGGUGAGAAUCAAAGACACAAAGAUGUGGAGGUUGGCCAAGCCUGGGGACAUUGCAAAAAUGUCCCAAAUAUUUGACAAUUAUUCCUCUCAGUCACAAAGUAACACGAUUGGCAUAGUAUUCGGUGCUCUAGCCUUGAUUGCUCUUGUUGUGGCAGUAGCAGUGUUAGUGGUGAGAAAGAGGAAGAGGAUUCUUGCUCUCAAAAGAGGUCAAGGCUAUGAGGAGAUUCAGAGUGAAGGACUGAUUGAGAGUACUGUAGAAAACCAGACAGAGCAACUCACCGAAAGUCUGACUGACGAUAAUGCUCAGAGUCUCUUGGCUUAGUGUAAAUGUUUCCAUACAGUACAAUAAAUAGUUAUAAACUGAUUUACAGUAGCAAUGCACUAUUAUCUUUAACUAAAACUUUUAACUGCUUCAAGCUAUUAAUAUUUCAUAUUAAGCUAAAUAUUUUGCUUGCUGUUAUAAUUUUACCUUUUCUACAUUUAUAAAUAAAAUCAGAUCAUUAAAAUCAUCAAUUGUAAUAAAUUGUUAAAAAACAUGUUUCAUUUCAUUUACAAUUGCUGUGUACUUUUAUCAAUUAAAGAAAUUAUGCUGCACAUUAAA